UAUUAUUAAAACAGGAUAUUUUUAUAGACCUCAGUUUUUAUUGUUUGUAGGCCUAUACGGAUAUAAUGGAUUUUACUGAGAGAAUGCUUGAACGUAAUCGUUCACGCCAGGCAAAGAUUGAUGUGAAGGGCGUAGCUUCAGAGCCACUGAAACAAGUCAAUCAAAACACCGUUACCACUGUCGCAUCAACAAGUGUCAAUAUUAAAAAGCACUAUUCUGGUAGUAACAAAGUUACAAUUGAAACCACAGUUACCAUGUCAAAACAUCCGACAAGACAAGUGUCGAGUCCCAGAAAAGAGGAAGUAGUUGAAAAUGUUGACAACACUCGUAAUACUUCAGAGGGAGAAGAAUCAUCAGACGACAAAGAGAAUGCAAGUUCCCCUAACGCAAACUGUCUUUUGCGCCAAGAUACCAAAUCUCGGCUGAAACGUCUUGGAGUACUUUAUUCAGAUGAUCCAUCAAGACUAUCGUCACCAAUCCACAAAACUGAGGAACAUUUUUACAUCGAGGAAGUUAAGGAAUCAGAAUCCAAACCGAUGGUAAGGAAUGAUAUAAGGAGUUCUGGUCGGAGUGCUAGGUUGGCAGCCCUGGCUGAUACUAUCAACCACUGGGAGGACGACCCCAGACACAUACCACUGAAGAAGGAAGCACAAGGGUUUUCCUCAUCUCAGACCAAUCAUAAGAUGGUUUACGACUAUGAGAGAUCAGGCCAAUCUCACAACAGACCAUCUCCAACUAGAAGUGUGUCUCCUCAGACGAACUCAUCAGAUGACAAUGAGAGACCAGACCCAUCUCACAGUAGACCUUCUCCAACUAGGAAUGUGUCUCCACAGAUGGUUUAUGACUAUGAAAGACCAGGCCCGUCGCACAACAGACCAUCUCCAACUAGGAGUGUCUCUCCACAGAAGUCUCCAGUGAAGACUUCGCCCGUCAAGACAAGGUUUGGAAGCCCCAUCAAAAUGGGCACAACAGUAGUCAAGGCUCAAGAAGCGAUACCCCCAUCUACUGAUGUUGACACACCGCUACCGACAAUGGGAAUCAAACAGCAGUUACGCAGUCCUCGUAAGAUGGCCUCUACACCACCGAGUGGCUCAGUGCUAGACAGAGCUCAACGCUACGAGGAGGCUACGAGUCCUAGCAAGCGAGCGCGAGACCCCACAGAACUGUCACUGGCCGAGCGCAGAGCUCUUUUUGAGCGCAAUGCAGGUACAGCUGUACUGCCCAAGGCUCCGUUUGGCCAGGCCGUCCCUGCAAAAAAGCUGCAGAGUAAACCAGAACAGAGGUCUACGUCAAAGCAACAAGUUUCCACAGGUUCUCUUCACAACAGGGUUGCUGCUUUUCAGAGGACUGCUGAGAACCACGAGAAAGACCAUGUGAAGGAAGCUCUCUCCGAGAGGCAGAAGGAGUUGGAGAUGUUGAAGAAUCGAUGUGACAGAAACAAAGGACUGUUAACUCAGAAACCUGAUGACUACAAGCCAUCAGCUCCACCCCCAACCCCCCCACCACUGCCAUCCCCACCGCAGAACUUUGAUUACGGCAGUAGGAGAAAUAGUAGUUUCUAUGAACAAGAAGAGGAGGAAUACCCUGAAAUGUCAGAACCUCAAGACUCUCCAAAAUUUCUUAAACCAAAAGAAGCAUAUCCAGUGCUGAAAGAUGUCAAGAAGAUAAAGCUGUCUCCACCCAAGCCAGGCCACCUGUAUCCUAACUUGUCUGAUAUGGAGGUAGAGAGCAGUGAGGCUGCAGAGUUGGACAGUAGUGCCAACACGAGUAACAACAACAGGUCAACAUCAUCUUACAUGUCCGAUGAGUCUGAUUUGCACAGCCUAGGACAAGACAUAGUUAAACUGUCUAGAUCUAACUUGAAGAGGAACUGGUCUGCCAGUGAGGGAUCCAGAUCUGAAGCAGAAGGUCAAGAGAUUGAUGAUUUCCUUGAUGAUGCUUUGAACACCUCAGACCAGUCAACACCACCGAAACGCAUUUCUUACAGCAACAACGCUGGGAGUGUACACUCAAGAAGUUUUGAAUAUUCACAAAACAACCAACAACAAGAAGAAUCAUACAAACAGCCUCUACUGCACACAGUCAGCUUUUACAGAAAACAACAAAACAUGACUCUAAAACCUCCAUCACCGACAAGACAGGUACGAAUAGAUCCAUCCGAGUACUCCACAGACGACAGUAUUGAGCGGAUGGAGGAGGAGUUGGACAGAGAGCUCAAGCUGGUUGAACAAAAGAUUGCUGUAUUGCAACAAGAGGUAAUCAAGCAGCAGUCGUACAUUUCCCAAGCCAGCCAAGCUCUCAAUCUGUGUUACUCCACAAUUGAAUUCUCAGGGUCAACAGAACAGCUGGAGGCUGAAAAGCUCCUUUUGCUUGCAACUCAAAGAAGACAAGCAGCUCUACAUGAGAUACAGAGACUGAGGGUAGAACAGACACUGAGACCUCAGAGCACAGACAACAACAGUCUGACUGAGAGAGGCAGUCUAACUCUCUCACAGGUUACCCUACCUCUUAAAAUGGACGUUAUACACCGUGCUGCUAAAGAUGACCAGUGUUACUACCUACUAUGCCUGGUGCACCACAACGAGGAAGUGUACAGUACGGAUGUGAUGUGUGCUCCUCGUCACCUACACCACCACAACCAACUUACCUUCCCCAACACAUUCACUCUAGACAACGUCUACUCUGACUUCAAGGUCAUCAUAGAGGUGUACGGGAUGACGGCUAGGAGCAAGGAGCACAUCCCUCAUGAUGUCAAGUACCAUAUCAACACCAGCAAGAAGGACGCCAGCAAGCUGAAGUUAACCCCUCGCAAGAUGAAGGGAGAGUCUCGCCUGGUAGCUCCUCCUGUACAGUCACCCGGGGGUCCGUCAGCAGUCAGGACAUCUGCCUUCUCAUUGGCCGGCUACGUCAUCUUCUCACUGCGCGAGAUCAACCGCAAACAGUUUACACUCAACAAGAACAACUACACCAGUGUGGUGGAAGGCUCGAUGCAGGUGAAGAUUGACACAGAGAUGAGAGUGGACGUGGAGCACCGAGGGUUCCUGACUAUGUUUGAGGACGUGUCUGGCUUCGGGGCUUGGCACAGACGCUGGUGUCUGCUCAAAGGGGACAAACUCUCAUAUUGGAAAUACCCGGACGAUGAACGCAAGAAGAUUCCGCUAGACACCAUAGAGUUAACAAUGUGUGUGACACGAGAGGUCGACGUUGUGCCGAGAGAUGUAUGUGCUCGUCCCAACACGUUCCUACUGGAGACCUCACGUCCUGCGCGAGACACCGACAGCGACUCUCUGGUCAUGAUCAGACACAAGAACACAACCACUAUCAGACACUUGCUGUCAGCUGACACAAAAGAAGAUCGUAUUCAAUGGUGCCAACACGUCAACAAAUCCCUCGCCUUACUGAGGGCUUGGGGAGUCUCAGCACGCAAUUGAAACCGACACAUAUUUCUCCCUCAUUGUGAUCUAUAUCAA